AGAAGAAGACGAAGAAGAAGAAGAAGAAGACGAAGAAAAAGAAGACGAAGAAGAAGAUUUUUUAUUAAUCAAGAUACGAAGAAGAAGAAGUAGCUGUUUUUUCUUAAUGCGUCACCCUUUUUCAAGACUUCAAAAUACAAACAGCAGAAGAAGAAGAAGAAGAAGAAGAAGAAGAAGAAGAAGAAGAAGAAGAAGAAGAAGAAAAAAACAGUUACAUGCGUCAUUGUGCCGCUGGACUUCAAAUGGUUUUAUGUCCCCGUUGAGUUUACCAUGUCCAGAACAAACCUUCUGAGAUCGUUCGUCGUCGAGCGACUAACAGCAGCAGCUGAGGAGAUAUUGGGAGCUUUCGAGAGGACGAUAGCGGAGUAUGAGGACGAGAGAGAGCGACAGAGGAGGCUGCUGGACAUGAUGUUGAAGCCCAGGAUCACGUUACGCAGAAUAGACUAUGUACAGUUAUCUGAUCAGCAGCAUCAUGAACAGGAGAGGAGCCCCAGUCUGGCCAAGGAGGAACAACAGGAACUCUGGAUCAGUCCACUGGAAGACCAGCUUCCAUUGCAGGAGGUAGCUGAUACCUCUGAGUCCAUAUUUACCUCUCUUUGUGAUGGAAUUGAUGAUGGUAAAGAUCAGCCUCUGCCCUCCCAAUGCUACCAAACUAAGACAGAGGGAGACACAGAGCCCCCAGCUGUCACCGCAUUUGAAUUGAUACAACUGGAUGCCAAAGAAGAAAACUUUUUAAUAUCAGAACCAACAAGUGACCACCAUACCGUCUCUAACUGCUGUCAUGUAACUAAGACUGAAGCUGACCAUACUUGCAGUCGCCAAAACUGUGAGGAAGUGGGUCCAACUCAGAAAACAAGACUGAAACCCCACAAAAAGCCCUACAACAAGUGCAAGAUUUGUGGCAAAGUGCUUUAUAAUUUGGAAAUUUUUAGAAUUCAUAUGACAUUUCACACAGGUGAAAAGCCUUUAAAAUGCACCACUUGUGGGAAAAUGUUUACCCAUGAGUCAAGUUUUCAAAGGCACAUAAGGACUCAUACAGGGGAGACGCCAUUCAGAUGCACCACAUGUGGGAAAAUGUUUCCCCAGAAGUCACAUUUUCAAACGCACAUAAGGACUCAUACAGGAGAGAAGCCAUUCAGAUGCACCAUGUGCGGGAAAAUGUUUUCCGAUAAGUCAAGUUUUCAAAGGCACAUAAGGACUCAUACAGGGGAGAAGCCAUUCAGAUGCACCACAUGCGGGAAAAUGUUUACCCAGAAGUCACAUUUUCAAACGCACAUAAGGACUCAUACAGGAGAGAAGCCAUUCAGAUGCAUCGCGUGCGGGAAAAUGUUUUCCGAUAAGUCAAGUUUUAAAAGGCACAUAAGGACUCAUACAGGGGAGAAGCCAUUCAGAUGCACCACGUGUGGGAAAAUGUUUACCCAGAAGUCAAGUUUUAAAAGGCACAUAAGGACUCAUACAGGGGAGAAGCCGUUCAGGUGCACCAUGUGCGGGAAAAUGUUUACCCAGAAGUCAAGUUUACAAACGCAUGUAAGGACUCAUACAGGGGAGAAGCCAUUCAGAUGCACCGUGUGCGGGAAAAUGUUUACCCAGAAGGCAAAUUUACAAGCGCACGUAAGGACUCAUACAGGGGAGAAGCCAUUCCGAUGCACCACGUGCGGCAAAAUUUUUAUUUGUAUUUCAUUCUGUACCCUACACAGAAGGACUCAUUCAGGGGAGAAGCCAUUUAGAUGCAACACGUGCGGGAAAAUGUUUACCCACAAGUUAAGUUUACAAAUGCAUAUAAGGACUCAUAAAGGGGAGAAGCCAUUCAGAUGCACCACGUGCGGGAAAAUGUUUACCCAUGAGUCAAGUUUUCAAAUGCAUGUAAGGACUCAUACAGGGCAGAAGCCAUUUAGAUGCACCACAUGCAGGAAAGUGUUUACCCGGAAGUCAGGUUUACAAAUACAUGUAAGGACUCAUACAGGGGAGAAACCCUUCAAAUGCACCACGUGCGGGAAAAUGUUUACCCAGAAGUCAAAUUUUAGAACUCACCUAAGAACUCAUACAAGGGAGAAGCCAUUCAGAUGCACAGCAUGUGGGAAAAUGUUUACCCAAAAUACAUAUUUACUAAGACACGUAAGGACUCAUACAGGGGAGAAGCCGUUCAGCUGCACGACGUGUGGGAAAAUGUUUACCCGCAAGUCAGGUUUACAAUUGCAUGUAAGGACUCAUACAGGGGAGAAGCCCUUCAGAUGCACCACGUGCGGGAAAGUGUUUACCCAGAAGUCAAAUUUUCAAACUCACGUAAGAACUCAUACAGGGGAGAAGCCAUUCAGUUGCACCACAUGUGGCAAAAAGUUUACCCGGAAGUCAAAUUUACAAAUGCACGCAAGGACUCAUACAGGGGAGAAGCCAUUCCAAUGCACCACGUGCGGUGAAAUGUUUGCCCAGAAGUCAGAUUUACUAAGGCACAUAAGGACUCAUACGGGGGAGAAACCAUUCAGUUGCUCCACAUGCGGCAAAAAGUUUACCCAGAAGUCAAAUUUACAAAUGCACGUAAGGACUCAUACAGGAGAGAAGCCAUUCCGAUGCACCACAUGCGGCGAAAUGUUUACCCAGAAGUCAGAUUUAGGAAGGCAUGUAAGGACACAUACAGGGGAAAAGCCAUACAGAUGCACUAGGUGUGGGAAAAUGUUUACCCAGAAGUCAAAUUUUCAAACCCACGCAAAAACUCAUACAGGAGAGAGGCCAUUCAGUUGCACCACAUGCAGCAAAAUGUUUACCCGCAAGUCAAAUUUACAAAUGCACGUAAGGACUCAUACAGGGGAGAAGCCAUUCCGAUGCACCACGUGCGGCGAAAUGUUUGCCCGGAAGUCAGAUUUACUAAGGCACAUAAGGACUCAUACAGGAGAGAAACCAUUCAAAUGCACCACUUGUGGGAAAAUGUUUACCCAGAAGUCAAAUUUACAAACGCACGUAAGGACUCAUACAGGAGAGAAGCCAUUCCGAUGCACCACAUGCAGCGAAAUGUUUACCCAGAAGUCCGAUUUAGUAAGGCAUGUAAGGACUCAUACAGGGGAAAAGCCAUACAGAUGCACUACGUGCGGGAAAAUGUUUACCCAGAAGUCAAAUUUACAAACGCACAUAAGGACCUAUACAGGGGAGAAGCCAUUCAGGUGCUGCGAUUGUGGAAAUGGUUUCAGCUCAAAAUGGCUUCUCAAACAACAUGUCAGGAUCCACACAGGUGAGAUGCCUCAGAGGACACUGCAAAAAUAAUUUAACUGA